AUGCUUGAUGUCAACCAGGGCUACUUCUCUGACUUCACAGGCCAGCAGAUGCAGGACCAGCCAGACGCAUACGGCGGACCAAACCGAUACUCGUCUGGAGAUGCUUUCUCGCCAACCGCCGCGAUACCACCGCCCAUGAUGAACCCAAGCGACCUCCCGCACGGCGCCGUCAUCCAGACCAUGAUGCCCUUGGAACCGCGAGACUUGCCCUUCGACGUGUACGACCCACACAACCCGAACAUCCAAAUGUCCAAGUUCGAUAACAUCGGCGCCGUUUUGCGCCAUCGAGGCCGCACGCAGCCACGCCAAACAGCGUUCUGGGUACUUGACUCGAAAGGCAAGGAAACGGCAUCUAUAUCAUGGGAGAAGGUCGCAAGUCGCGCCGAGAAAGUCGCAAAGGUCAUAAGGGACAAGAGCAACCUAUAUCGAGGCGACAGGGUAGCGUUGGUGUACAGAGAUACCGAGAUCAUUGAAUUCGUCGUUGCUUUGCUGGGCUGCUUCAUCGCUGGCGUUGUCGCAGUGCCCAUCAACAGUGUGGAUGACUACCAGAAGCUCAUUCUUCUCCUGACAACCACGCAAGCCCAUCUUGCUCUGACUACGGACAACAACCUGAAGGCCUUCCAUCGCGACAUCAGCCAGAACCGGCUCAAGUGGCCCAGUGGAGUCGAGUGGUGGAAGACAAAUGAAUUCGGGAGCCAUCACCCUAAGAAGCACGAUGACACACCAGCCUUGCAGGUUCCAGAGGUAGCUUACAUCGAGUUUUCGCGCGCACCGACUGGCGAUCUGCGAGGUGUCGUACUCAGCCAUCGUACCAUCAUGCACCAAAUGGCCUGCGUCAGCGCGAUCGUCUCCACCAUCCCAACCGGGCGCGAAACCUCGGAUACAUUCAGCGGCAACCUGCGGGACGAGAACGGCAAGUUCAUUGCACCGCCCUCCCGAACGUCACCCACCGAAGUCAUUCUUAGCUAUCUUGAUCCGCGUGAAAGCGCAGGCAUGAUCCUGGGGGUUUUGUAUGCUGUGUAUGGCGGACAUACCACGGUUUGGCUGGAACCGCCGACUAUGGACACUCCUGGCCUCUACGCGCAUCUCAUUACCAAGUACAAGGCAACUAUCCUCAUCGCAGACUACCCGGGUCUGAAGCGUGCUGCAUACAACUAUCAGCAGGACCCGAUGGCUACGCGUAACUACAAGAAGAAUGCGGAUCCCAACUUUGGAUCAGUCAAGAUCUGUCUCAUUGACACGCUUACUGUAGACUGCGAAUUCCACGACAUUCUAGGAGAUCGAUGGUUCAGGCCUCUACGAAACCCAAGAGGACGCGAGUUGAUCGCGCCCAUGCUCUGCUUACCUGAACAUGGCGGUAUGAUAGUCUCUGUCCGCGAUUGGCUCGGUGGAGAAGAGCGCAUGGGCUGUCCAUUGAGCAUAGAGGAAGAGGAUGAAGAAGACGACGAUAAGGAGGUGGAGAACAACACCAACGGCUACUCAAGCCUAAUAGGUGGUGGAACCACCAACAAGAAGUCAAAGCAGAAGAAGAGCCGCAACGAACUGCUGGAGAUUCUGUUGGAUAAGGAAGCGCUCAAGAUGAACGAGAUCGUGGUGGUGGCUAUUGGAGAGGAAGCCAGCAAGCGUGCAAACGAGCCAGGCACAAUGAGGGUGGGUGCUUUUGGAUAUCCUAUCCCAGACGCCACUCUUGCUGUUGUAGAUCCAGAGACGAAUCUGCUUUGCUCUCCUUACUCGGUAGGAGAGAUUUGGGUAGAUUCACCAUCGCUCUCGGGUGGUUUCUGGCAGCUGCAGAAGCACACCGAGACAAUUUUCCACGCUCGUCCUUACCGUUUUGUCGAGGGAAGCCCAACUCCGCAGCUACUGGAGCUUGAGUUCCUCCGCACAGGACUCCUCGGAUGCGUGGUCGAAGGAAAGAUCUUUGUGCUCGGCCUUUACGAAGACAGGAUUCGUCAACGAGUCGAGUGGGUUGAGCACGGCGUUUUGGAAGCCGAACAUCGCUACUUCUUCGUGCAGCACCUAGUCACGAGUAUCAUGAAGUCGGUGCCUAAGAUUUAUGACUGCUCGGCGUUCGACUCUUACGUCAACGGCGAGUAUCUGCCUAUCAUUCUGAUCGAAACGCAGGCUGCGUCGACAGCGCCUACUAAUCCAGGCGGUCCACCACAACAGCUCGAUGUACCUUUCCUGGACUCCUUGUCGGAGCGCUGUAUGGAAGUGCUGUAUCAGGAACAUCAUCUGAGAGUAUAUUGUGUGAUGAUCACAGCACCCAACACACUGCCUCGAGUUAUGAAGAACGGCAGACGUGAGAUUGGCAACAUGCUCUGCCGUCGAGAGUUCGACAACGGUUCGCUGCCUUGCGUUCACGUCAAGUUUGGCGUGGAACGAUCGGUGCAGAACAUCGCUCUGGGCGAUGAUCCUGCAGGAGGAAUGUGGUCUUAUGAUGCCUCCAUAGCUCGACAGCAGUACCUGAUGCUGCAGGAUAAGCAGUACUCUGGAGUCGACCACCGAGAAGUUGUCAUCGACGACCGCACAUCAACACCACUCAAUCAGUUUUCAAACAUCCACGACCUCAUGCAAUGGCGCGUAUCCCGUCAAGCAGAAGAGCUCGCUUACUGUACCAUUGAUGGUAGAGGCAAAGAAGGCAAGGGCGUCAACUGGAAGAAAUUCGACCAAAAGGUUGCCGGUGUUGCCAUGUACCUGAGAAACAAGGUCAAGGUCCAUGCUGGCGAUCAUCUUCUGUUGAUGUACACGCAUUCCGAGGACUUUGUAUAUGCCGUACACGCCUGUUUCGUACUAGGUGCCGUCGCCAUCCCAAUGGCCCCCAUUGAUCAGAACCGGCUCAACGAGGAUGCGCCUGCUUUACUUCACAUCGUUGCAGACUUCAAGAUUAAGGCUAUUUUAGUCAACGUUGAUGUUGACCAUCUCAUGAAGGUCAAGCAAGUAUCGCAACAUCUCAAGCAAUCCGCAGCUAUCCUCAAGGUAAACAUUCCGCACAUCUACAACACGACAAAGCCACCUAAGCAAUCAAGCGGGUGCCGUGACUUGGGCCUGACCAUUAGGCCUGCUUGGGUUCAAGCCGGAUAUCCUGUUCUCGUUUGGACAUACUGGACGCCAGACCAACGGCGCAUUGCUGUGCAACUAGGCCACAACAACAUUAUGGCCCUCUGCAAGGUCCAGAAAGAGACUUGUCAGAUGACCAGCACCAGGCCAGUUCUGGGUUGUGUACGAAGUACUGUCGGUCUGGGUUUCAUACAUACCUGCAUCAUGGGUAUUUUUCUGGCUGCACCUACAUAUCUUGUUUCGCCGGUCGACUUUGCGCAGAACCCCAACUUGUUGUUCCAGACUAUGUCUAGAUACAAGAUCAAGGAUGCAUAUGCGACAAGCCAGAUGUUGGACCACGCCAUAGCACGAGGUGCAGGUAAGGCAAUGCAUCUCCAUGAACUGAAGAAUCUGAUGAUUGCGACCGAUGGUCGACCUCGUGUCGAUGUUUACCAACGGUGUCGCGUACACUUUGCUCCCGGCGGCCUCGACCGCACAGCCAUCAACACAGUAUACUCCCAUGUGCUGAACCCUAUGGUUGCGUCACGGUCAUACAUGUGCAUCGAGCCAAUCGAGCUGCAUCUUGAUGUGAACGCAUUACGACGUGGUCUAAUCAUGCCGGUAGAUCCAGACGUCGAGUCAAAUGCAUUGCAAGUGCAAGACUCCGGUAUGGUGCCCGUGAGCACGCAAAUCAGUAUCGUCAACCCAGAGACCAACCAGCUCUGUCUGGUUGGAGAAUACGGUGAGAUCUGGGUACAAUCUGAAGCCAACGCACACAGCUUUUAUGGCUCUAAAGAGCGUCUGGAUGCGGAACGAUUCAACGGAAGAACUCUUGAUGGAGACCCUAAUGUCAGAUAUGUGCGUACUGGAGACCUGGGGUUCUUACACAACGUGACAAGACCUAUUGGCCCUGGCGGAGCACCAGUCGACAUGCAGGUAUUGUUUGUACUUGGCAGCAUCGGAGACACGUUUGACGUCAAUGGCCUGAACCACUUUAGUAUGGACAUUGAACAAUCAGUCGAACGCUGCCACCGGAACAUCAUCCCCGCUGGCUGUGCCGUUUUCCAGGCUGGAGGCCUAGUCGUUGUAGUUGUGGAGAUCUUCCGCCGCAACUUCCUUGCAUCCAUGGUACCUGUCAUUGUCAAUGCCGUCCUGAACGAGCACCAGCUCGUUAUCGACAUUGUCGCUUUCGUUUCGAAGGGUGACUUCCACCGCUCGCGUCUCGGUGAGAAGCAAAGAGGCAAGAUCCUCGCAGGCUGGGUCACUCGCAAGAUGCGCACCAUCGCCCAAUACAGCAUCCGCGACCCCAAUGGCUCCGAUGCGCAGAUGAUCAGCGAAGAGCCGGUCGGUCGAACCAGCACAUCGACCUUUUUGCGAGGUCCAGCCAGCACCAAGGGCUCUCUGCGCGCAAGCAGCACACUCGGUCUUACAGCGCAAGCACAGCUGAACAUGCAUCUCUCGCACCGCGCCUCAAUGCAGGAGCUCUCUUUGCAACAGCAGCCUCAGUACCCACCGGGCCUCGCCGAAAUGCCAGCACAGUCAAACCAAAGCUACGGCAACUACCCACCCCAACAAAGCAUUCCGGAGCUAGAGAACCGGACACAGUCGCUAUCACUCGACCCAAACUAUCCUGGCCCCUCAUUCGACGACGGCGACAGAAACGAGCGGACACCCACAGAAUCAAGACGCAACUUCUUACCAAAUCCAAGCCUGCAGCACAACCCAAUGAUGGACUACUCGCCCGUCGACCCAGCAGACGCCGGCGUCUUCGACAGCCCCAUCGACGGCCCCUCCAACAACGGCCACUACCAACAGCAGCAGCAGCAAUACCAACCCCAACAGCCCGCCGACCCCGUACCCUCCGUCCUCCGCGUCGGCAGCGCAAAACCCGAAGAGCACAUGCAAUAUCAUCCCAUGCAGUUCCAGCAGUACCAGCCUGAUCCUCCUCCUCCUCAACAACAACAACAACAACAACAACAGUAUCAGGUGCAGAAUUCUGGGCAAGAUGACUUGCAGAGACAGUACUCGAGCGAGGAUGAUGGGUAUGGUGGGAGAGCAGGUGGUGGGGGUUUGAGAGUCGCGAAUCGGGAUAGCACGGCGAGUAAUGAUAGUUGGACGAGGGAUGCGUUGGCGCAGAUGAAUUUCGCUGGGAGGUCGCCGGGGCAGGCUAAGUAG